CAGUGUAACUUGCAUUAAGGUUGAGAAUAUUCAUAAUGUUCUCUAAGGUUUUCAUUUUAGCUUUCGUAGCUACUCUUUCAUACGCACACUUACAUGUGCCCAUUCAUCAUACUCCCCAGCCGUACAAAUUUGGAUACAGUGUAAAAGACCACCAUGGUGAACAGCAUAGAGAAGAAGUCGGAGAUGGUGCUAGUGGAGUGAAGGGCAGCUAUGGAUUCACCGAUGCCAGGGGUAUCCAUAGACAAGUCAACUAUGUCGCUGACCAUGCAGGAUUCCGUGCCCAAGUCAAGACCAAUGAACCAGGCACUGCCAACCAGAAUCCAGCUGCUGUUCAAGUGAUUUCCUCUGCUCCAUAUGCUGGAGCUGGAUACGGUGCUUUAGAAGGAUAUGGAUUAUCAGGCAGUGGCGCAGGUUAUGGAUACGGUGGUUAAGAAAAUGUCGGUCUUGGCUAUGGAGGACUUGGUUACGCGUAUGGAGGUCUUGGAUAUGGAGGAUAUGGUCUUGGUAGUGGACUUCUUGGUGGUUUAGGAUACGCCCGAUACGGAUAUUAGAUGUUUAGAUGUUGGUUAAUACUUUAUUUAUUUUGAUGCUGUGAGCUCUAAAUAAAUUGAAAAUAAAUUAAGUUUGAAAUUGCCUGA